UUGCAAACUUAGUCUCAAAUUGUGUUUCAUAGACAUCUCAUUGUCUAACAUCUUCACAGCUACGUCAUACGGAUGUCAGAAUUUACGUGAUGGCCUUGUUCACACUUACGCUCUUUGGAUUGAUUGCUGUCAUAAAUGCUGAAGAAAUUAAAUAUAACCCAUGCUGCUCGAAUCCUUGCCAAAAUUUCGGCAUAUGCAAUAGAAUUGCUUGGACAGAAAAAUAUAGUUGUGAUUGCUAUGGGACUGGAUACUAUGGUGUCAACUGUGAAACACGGACCUGGAGUAAAUGGAUCUCCAACUUACUUCGUCCAUCUCCGUUCACCGUUCAAGCAAUUACUACUAACGGAAAAAUUAUAUGGAAAAUUGUGAACAAAAUCAAAUUUGUGCAUUCUUAUUUCAUGAAAUUUAUUCUGAAAAUACGCGCAUUGUCUCCGGAAUGGCCAGAACCCCACAACACAGCAGCGGAUUACAUCACGUGGGAUGGAUACACCAACAAAACGUACUGGGGACGUACUCUUCCAGCUGUUCCAGAAGAUUGUCCAACACCUUUUGGUGUCGUCGGUCCCAAAGAGUACCCGGACGUUUACAAAUUGGUAGAAGAAGUAUUUACAAGAACUGAGUUCAAGCCAUGUCCGAGAGGAACCUCACUAUCGCUUCCGUUGUAUGGGCAGCAUUUUACACACCAAGGUUUCAAGUCCGUUCCCUCUGACGACACUUUAACCUGGGGUCAACAUACGCUCGAUAUGUCUCAUCUUUAUGGGGAAACGUUAGGAAAACAGCUCGCUUUAAGAUCAAUGAAAGGAGGGAAGAUGAAGACACAAAUAAUCAAUGGAGAGGAAUAUCCUCCAAAUAUGAAAGACUGCCCUGGAGUGAACAUGGAUUAUCCAGAAAAUGUGAUAGAGGAAUACCGAUUUGCAAUGGGACAUCCAUUUUUUGCUUUACUCCCUAGUCUGAUGUACUACUCUACUUUAUGGCUCCGAGAACAUAACAGGGUAUGUGAUGUAUUAGCAGAACAUCACCCACAGUGGGAUGAUGAAAGACUCUUCCAAACUACAAGACUUAUUAUUUUAGGCGAAACAUUGAAAGUGACAGUUGAAGAAUAUGUUCAGCAUAUUUCUGGAAUGGAUUUGAAGCUGACCUUUGAACCCGACCUGAUGCACGAUUCAUCGAUGCGAUGGGCGAGCGGUCGUCUGCAUGUAGAAUUCAACACUCUCUAUCACUGGCACAAUAUGAUUCCAAAUUACUUUUACAUUGGGAAUAAAACAUAUACUCUGGAGGAAACAUUUUUUAACAUGAGUUCUUUGCUUGAUAAUGGAAUGAAUGUUUUUACAACAUCGAUGGCGAAUCAAGUGGCCGGCAGAGGAGCUGGUGGUCGAAACAUGGCAAAGUCUUUACAUAAAGUCGCUUAUGAAGUCAUUAAAAUGAACAGAAAAUUACGCCUCCAGCCAUUCAACAGAUACAGAGAAUUAUUUCGGCUUCCCCCUUAUAAGACGUUUGAAGAACUGACAGGUGAAACUAAGCUUGCCAAAGUUUUGAGUAAAUUUUAUGGAGGCGAAAUUAACGCUGUCGAAUAUUUUGUCGGAAUCAUGGUCGAAAAACGUUACAAAGCAAAGAUGUGGGGAAUAACUCUGACUGAAUCAAUUGGAAACUACGCUCUUCGAAGCGUAUUUUCAAACGUCAUCGGGUCACCUCAAUAUUGGAAAGAAUCAACAUUUGGCGGAAAAAUUGGAUUUGACAUGGUGAAAACUGCUUCAUUAAAAGAUAUAGCAUGCAGAAAUAUAAAAGGAUGCCCGGAGUUCAAAUUUGAGAUUGCAGAAGCUGUUACGGAGGAUACAGACAAAGGGAUGAUAUACAAUGACAUCGAAAGUGAUGGUACGGAGGGUACAGGGCAGCACAAAACUGAAUUGUAAAAUCAAAAUGGUAUAACGUUACUCAGUGAAUCGAUGCAGUCGGUAACAUUUCCCAUGUCCUCAAAGUUGAACAGAAUUUUAAUAUUGUGAUUUUGAGCCGUCAAAAUAUUGUAUUUGUUUAUGCCUUAUAAUUGCAGUUUUUGUCAUUUUAACACGUAUCUAUUAUAUAACGGUAUUGUAUAUUCGUUAUAAAUGUUCAUCACAUAAUAAUUUUAACACCGACAUUUUUCAAAAUGUUAGAAGUACGUCAUGUUAGGAUCUGUAUUCAAAAUGAAAUUAUACAAAUUUUUCUAAACUUUUCUUUAGAAUAUUUAUCUGAUGCUUGUUUUUCUUUGUUGUCAACCGAUUUCGUAUAUUUUACUGUGAAGAAGAUGCCAGGAAGACGAAAAAAUAUCUAAUUUUUAACUUUGAUAUUUUAUCGUUUUACAGUGCAUUGUCUUCAGUAUUAACAAUCUUGAUUCUUUAUAUACUCGUGGAUGUUUAAAAGGUCUUUUAUGAAAUCUACAAGUCUGUAAACUUGAUAAUGGUCAAUUGAAAUGAAAUGUGGUUAGGAAAACCACCAAAACAGAAA